GGCGCAACUACGUGAGUCACGCGAGCGUCAGUGCGGAGUGGAGUCAAGUGGAGUUAUGUGUGUUACGAUGCGCGGAUAAUGUUUUUAUCUUCCUUCUUUGUAAAAUAAUCAAUUUAAUCUGUACUUUUACGCAUAAAGGUUACGAGUGGAUAAACGGCUCGACGAGAGAACGAAUAUUCGAUCGAGAUGAGUAAAUACGUGAAUCUGGCGAACGUGGGCACUAAUUAUGCUGUGCGCAUGAAUCGCCUGAGUAACCGAAUCUUCGGCGAAGUGGUCAGACCGACUAAUCAGAAAUCGAUGAAAGUUGUGAAGCUCUUUAGCGAGAAACCGGUGAACAAACGUCCGGAGGUCGUGGAGUAUUAUCCAAGAUUCAAAGAGACCGAGCUGUUGAUGAAACACCUGCGCGAUUACGGUUUGUUCAGGGACGAGCACAAGGACUUCCAAGAGGAAUAUCAGCGUCUGAGAGAACUUCGCGGUAAAACCAAAUGGGUACCACCUCGCCUCAGAAAUAAACCUAAGGACUCCUAAGACUUAAAUAAUCUAUAUUUAAAUGUAGAAAAUACAAAUUUUGCUAUAAAGAGUAUCUUGUAAAUAAUAAAUUAUAUGCUGUUUAAUACAAUAUUUUUUUUUAAUGAAACGUUUAUGAAACGAAACCUGCAAGAAUUAUGCCUCUAUAUUUCUAAUGUACAUAUAAUGUAACGUUUGAAUUAAUAUUCAUAUUGAUAUGAUGUUACGUACAUUUGCAGACAGUCUUAUAUAAAAUAUAUAAAAGUUUAUUAGAAAAUUUCCAACAGUACAACAAAUAUGGCACAUAUAUAUCCAAGUAUAUAACUGCAUAUGAUGAUAAUUACAAAUUACUCGUAAACAGGAUUGGAAAUCUAUUAAAUUUCUAUCGGACUUAGGAA